AUGGAGAAAUGGUACCUAUGUGAUGAGAGCCUUUCUAUAACUCAUCUGUUGGAACCAGGUGUAAAACAUGCUCCAGAAGGAGAUUCCAGGACGGGUUGGAAGCCUUCAUUCCCUGUAAAUGUUACAGUAGACGAACUUUAUCUGUAUAGAAAAAAGAAACAUAAUUUUGAUUCGUUAAAAGAUAAUAUUAAAAUAGAAGAAGGAUCAUUCAAAAAUUUAAAAUCCGAAUACCGAAGAAGGUUUAAAAACUUUUACGAAAUUCUAAAAUCGCUGAAUGAAAAUGAGGUUCAGUCGUCCACGAUUUAUCUCUCAAGAAAAAUCGCUCGCAAGCCUGGCCGUACCCUUAAUCGUAAACAGAAAGACUUUUUGGAUGUCGAACCUACUAAACAAGAAGUUUUGUUAAAUUUAGGUGGAGAAGUGGAACGAAAAUCAGAAUAUAAUGAAUCUUUUAAUAGAAAUCUGUUACAAAGGCCAACCGAUACUUAUGGAAUAAUGAAUGAGGUUUCAGACAAUCAAACUUCCAACAGACCUCAUCCAUUCGGCAAUGAACUCCCCGAUUUUACACCAUCAAAACAUCCUCAUUUAUUAAGAAGACCAACAAAUUUAAAAAUUGAAGGAGACUUCUCGCACAUCACCGAAAAUGCGGAUAAAUUCAUCGAAUAUCUGUUGGCUAAAAGAGCCGAGCUAUGUAGAACCCCAACAACUUUAAAAUUAGGAACAGGAGAAAUGGAGUCAAAGACUGAAACCACUGACCAAUUCAGAAAAUAUGAGAACACUGAACGGCCAAGUUUAAUUAGAAAGUUUACCAACUUGCAAUUGGAAGGAGGGCUAGAUGGUAAAACUGAGCAACAAGAAAAAUUUCUGCAAUAUGAAAUACAUUCGCGCCCUCCUCUUGUUAAGAAAGGCACUAAUCUGCAUUUAGAAGGAGAUUUUUAUUUAGUUCCAGAAUACAGGCACCAGUAUAUUCAAUAUGAAAAUGUUACAAGAGCUGGACCAGUACUACCAUCCCAUAAUUUCAAAUCAGCAGGUCUAUUUGAAAAUUCAUCUGACCAACCAAUCAAUUUAGGCAGAAGCAGUCCACUAAUUCCAUUUUUACGCGAAUCGUAUAGCUAUCAUGACUUUGAAAAUGACAAAAAGUUCAGAACAAAUGUUUCUGCAAGCAGAUAUCAAAGUAAUGUGUCAUUGAAUCGUACAUCCUCCCAUCCAAAUUUGUCCAAAUCAUCUGCAGUUGAACAGAAAAGCCCAAAGAGGACUUUUAAGGUUAAAAGUCCCCAGAAAAAUGCAUAUUUGGAUUUUAAUAAAAAUAAAAGCGCAGAAAGAAGGAUGAGUCGAAGAGAUAUACAUUUAAAUACCAUGGAAAAAUACGGAACAUCAGGGUUAAGUCAGUCUCGCUAUUCCAGUGGAAAAUAUCUCGAUCCUGAAUAUUCUAAACUCUUUGAGGAAUCUUCUGUAGGACGUUCCCAUGUAAGAAAACCUCAAGAUAACCUUAUCAAUGAAGGUGAGGUUAACUACUUAACGGAAAAACAUGACAAGUUUGUCCACCAUCAAGACAUGCCAAAACGACAACUAUUAAGAAGAAAAUCUGAACAAAUUUUUGACUAUCCUGAUGAAGACGUUGAUUCAGACCAAGCAUUUGAGGGUCGAUUUGAAUGCCAACCAGAAUAUAGAAGAGCAUUAAUAGAUUAUUUAAUAAGAGAGAAGCCUCCACCAGGACAGAGAAGGAGAAUUUUAGAGAUUCCGGAUAUUACUAUAAAUAGUGAUCACAACGUUGACGAAACUCCUAGUUCUCCAGACAAACCAGAAAAAACUAAAACUACCUCACCAAAAGUUGAUAGACCAACAUCAUCUGUAUCAAAGCCGCCUUCUUCCUCUUCCAGUGUGCCUUCUUCGCCUAAACCAAAAUCUGCUAAGGAGCCUAGCCGACCACCAUCUUUAGAAAAAGCUAAAACUUUAAGGCGUCCUACAAAAAUAGAAACUGAAACUGUAAGACUGUCACCAGAAAGUAAAAAGCGUGUUUUCCCUAGAUCACCAACUCAUUCACCUGUGCCAGGAAACAAUACAGCAAAAUUAAGCAGGGAGAACUCACCAAGUCUGGGAUCUUUGCCGCCAAAAUCAGGAGGCAACUGGAGAAGAAAUCAGCUGAAGCCAUCUUCAUCAGUAGACGCAAAUAUUUGGAACUCUACAGAGACUGAUCCAGCUUUUUUCGUCGUUAACGAUCGAAUUCCAAGUCGUAGUAGUAUAAGGCGAAAUUUAUAUAAAGAACAAAUGUGGAUGCCUGCUUGGUAUAAUGGAGGUGUCUGACUUAUUAGUUCAUGUUUUAAUUUAGAUUUACGUAGCUAAUCAUUGCCAAUAAAAUAGACUAAGCUUGUGUUCUGAAUUUUAUUCAUUAAUUAUUGCUAAAAUACUAAAAAAUCAGGUUGAGCUAAAUUAUAUUAGUACUAUUCUUUAUACAAAAAAAUAAAAAAUAUAAUACAAAAUUGUAGCCAAAUAUUGUCGAGAGUUGCUAUCAACAAGACUUUAAAAUAGUCUUUAAUACCCUUCAAAUACAAAGAUUUUUUUAAAAUUGGUGUGUGUCGAAUUGGGACUCCCUGUUAACAAUAAUAAAUUUUACUUUUUGA